AUGAACGACGACGGCGAGUGGCGCAACGUAUGGCACGGCAUCACAGUCGCGCCUGCCGCGCGCGCGAUCUUUCCAGGCUCGUCGUCUGCGCCAUCGUCGUCCAAGCGGAUGUUCUUCAACCGCCCUUUGCGCAGCACCGGUCGCGGCACGCGACCGCGCGCGUUGUACAAAGAUCUGGCGUACUUUCUCAUCGACUUGUCCUGGCCUCGUCUCGCCCUGGCGCUGGCGACGUCGUAUUUUGGCGUGAUCUUCCUCUUUGGACUCCUUUUCUUCUUCAUCUGCCAGGAGUGCGACAAUCUCUUUGACGGGUACAACCUGAGCUACCAAGCGUUUUCGACGAUCGGGUUUGGGGUGGUGUACUCGCGCGACCGCUGCGGCAACUACGUGACCAUCCUCGAGUCGUACGUGUCGAUGGUGCUCCUCCCGACGUUCGCAGGAAUCAUCUUCACCAAGUUUUCGUUGCCCAAAGUGCAAGUCGCAUUCAGCAACAAGUGCUGCAUCCAACCCAACUACCAAGGUCAACACUCGGCACUGGUCGUGCGGGUCGCGAACGCGAGCUCGUCCCCGAAUCUGAACCUUGACGUGAUUAUGGAUGCGGUGUUCACAAUGGAACUGUUCUCGGUGCACGAGACCGUUUUGCGACGACACAAGCUCGCGCUCAAGCAGUCCGACUUCAUCUUCUUCCGCCUCGCCCUCGAACUCGUCCACGUGAUCGACGAGUCGAGUCCGCUGCACGGCAUGCCUUUCACCGCCAACUGCAUGCUGCACGUGACCGUCACCGGCAUCGAUUCGAAUCGUCACGCCACGAUUGUCAACCAAAUGAGCUACACGAGCGACCGCGUCGCUGUCGGCGCCAAAUUUGACUCGAUGCUUUCCCACGACCUUGCGACCAACCACGUCGUGAUGGACUUUGAAAAACUGAGCUGCGUGGUGUCGGUCGAGACGUGCUCGAUCGCGCCGCACAUGGCCGCAGCGGCGCCCGGUCGCACCCCGACGUCGUCGUCGAGCCCAGAGUUUGUCGACGCUUCGUCGCCGCAGCACCACGACGGUGUGUCAUGGGACCAGCCUGAAGCGGAAUUGGCGGCGGCGGCAACCGCGUCGGACCAGCCCUUCGUGGAGCCCGGGAUGACGGGCAUUCUGUUCAAGGAUUCGUCGGGGAGGGCCCUGCACCGACAGGCCACGAUGAGCGACGGCGGGAGCUACGUCCACAUCGACGACACGAUCAGCAUGCUGCACCGCGUGCGGCCCAAGAACGUGCCGCAUCGAUUCCAGUAUUUGUACUACCACAUCCUCCACGCAAAGUGGGUGUCGAUCGUGGCCGGCAUUUUCAUCCUGACAGCGACUGUCACUGUGUUUUUUGCCGUGCUGCAUUGGGUGCACUUCCCCGGCGGGCUCUUCCUGAUGGCGGACAUGCUGCCGCCGCGGAACUCGCCGUUUGAACUGUGCAUGUACCUGAGCGUCCACACGUUUUCAACGAUCGGAUACGGCACGAUUGCGCCGGCACCCGGCGACAAUUACCACAACGCGCUCGUGGCGGUCGAAGCAAUGUGUGGGCUCACGGUCGCCACCAUCCUGACGGGUAUUUUCUGGUCCAAGUUUGCCUUGCCCCAGGCGCACAUUCAGUUUUCGCCAGCGAUGGCCGUGUCCAUGUAUCAGUCGCAGCGAUGCCUCGUGUUUCGCGCGGUCAACACCCGCAACGUCGGUGACAUUCAGCUGUGCCAGUUCAAGCUGGGCGCGUUUUCCACCGACCGCAGCGGCGCCCGACGCAUGUACGACCUGCCGCUGGUCCAGCCGACGUGGCCAAGCAUCAACAUGCCGGCGACCCUCGUCCACGUAAUUGACGAGUCGUCGCCGCUUCGACGGCACAACGACGACGAGCUGAACGCGACGUCGUUGCUCGCGCUCUUUUCUGGCUUCGACUCGACGUUUUGUGAGACCGUGUACGCGCGGCAGAUCUACACCACGUACGAGUUUGGCAAGCAAUUUGAAAACUCGGUCACGCUGACGCCAGACGACGUUGGCGUCGAGUGGAGCCAGGUCAGUUUAGACAACCACUUGCCGAUGAAAUAG